GCCCUGCAACAAGGAGGCACACUGCGUGUACUCUAAAGACUCCUUCGUCGUUAAGUACAACGUUCACCCCAAGCACUCACUCACGUUAUACUACAUGUAUUUGCAAACAGUUUUUCACUCUCUUCCCUACCUGCCUACACUUAGUAUGGACAGCAAAGAAAAUCAAUAGAACAAGACAGCAUGGCCGCUACGUGGCAACCGCACGCCAGACGGCCACAGGUAACAAAUUAUGUAGGGCACAAAAUAAUCCCGGGUACAGCUGGUGUUCUGUUUCAUGCAGUCAAUGGAAUUAAGACGACAGCAUGGUGAACAAAAGCAGAAUGUCAAUUACAGUGUGACAUGGCAAGCUGCCUCUGUAUCUGCUACGAUGUCGGUCCUAUUUUGGGCUUAGGAAACCGGAAAGCACUGAACCACCAACCCUUGAUGCACAUUUUAACUGGCGUUGUUGAAGAAGCCUUGGACGUUAUGAUGACACUGGACACAGGAGAGUCUUUAUUUUGAACAAAAGAAGGAUACCAAUCAAUCAGGAUUUGGAGGAAGGUCUAUUAUCGGCAUUUUAAAUUUGCGACAAGAACGCCUGGUCACUCAUUCCUUAUCAUUCGAAUCAGUUUCAGUAGUAAGCUCUGAAUUCUUUUUUCUACUUUUACUGCUUUGGAAGUCAUAAUACUCGUUGGCGCAGAGUAUGGAGAGGCACCUGACCUGUCUUAAGAUGGUGGCGACAUUGUUCCUAGGUCUUUGGUGCUUUUUUAAAUCUGUUUUAUAACAUUCUUUACUCUGAGCUUUUCUAACAAACAUGUCGACUAAAGCCUCAAGGAUGGCUUUCUUACCACAUUUUUCUUUGCGAAGUAUCAAGUCGUUGCUCAGUUUAGCACUUCUAACAUCAUCUUUGGGAGCCACGCUCAUUUUUCUUUCUACGGAUUUUCAUGGUAAAACGUUGCCCAUUGAUCGCGGACACGUUGAAGUUCCCCGUUACAUCCCUGUAGGGAAUAUAUCAAACCUCGAAAUGGCUCUGAAAAAAAUUGCAGAGUACGAGACAAUAUUACGUCGACACGACCUGCUGCCGGACGAGAAUCAGAAAAUUCUUUCUUCUCGUACGUUGGACAGAAACGUGGAGCUCAACAGCACGAGGAAGGAAGUUGUAAAACACGUGACUGUCAUAAUGUAUUCACACGGCGAAUCGUUUGAGUGCUUGAAGCAUAGAGUGGAGACCGUAGUGCAGGAAUACCCUGACAUCGGGAUCAUCGUGGCGUCGGAUUUCAAAGAAUCCUCGGCUUUUAAACACACCAAGGUUGUGCAUAUUCCCAACAUUUCAGGAGAAGGGGAGGCUUUAGAAAUCAUGAUUUCACGGGUGGACUCGCGAUAUUUUCUGUACUUGUCGCCCGGUGUCCACAUUGCACCGCACGCAGAUGACCAAGGGGUGGGCUGGUUGUACCAUGCAUUAGAAUCUAUCCCAGAAUUAGAUUUUGUCGGCGGUUCAUUCUUACGGGAAGAGAAAGUCCCCAGAUCCCGAUAUCCGUGGUUUGAAGUGCCCUGUCAUCGCCUACGCCUUUGUAAAUGGAAAUUCUCGCAGUCUAUGGAAUAUCGCUACAGCGUUGGAGAUAUGAUGAUUUGCGAGGAAACUUCACAGUCUUUUAUGGGCCGGGUAGAGAGUAUAAAAAAAGUCGGCACCUUUGACAAAAAGUUAAAAUUUAUGGCAACUACUGACUUCUUCCUCAGAGGCAAGGGGAAAACUGUUGUAGGGCUAAGACCGGAAGUGUACUUUUACGUGUCCAAGACAUGCGCAGCGGAGAUCUUAUCAGAGGAUCAACGAGCUGAUAGAAGUUUGGAUUUUAUGGUGAAACAUGAGGUGACCAGAUACAUUGAUUCUUUUGGUGUAGAAUCUAAAAUCAAACGUCCAAAAAACCUCAAACAUCGUUUUGAUAGUACUAUUGAGCAUUGGAAACAUGACACAUUUGCUCUCCCAGAUUUUGUUGAUGGCCUUGAAUACAACUUAAGGGUGGGAUCGGACUUUUUCGAGUCCAAGAACAUUUCCUUCUUCAUCGAGGGCGGCAUGAGUUUAGGUGCUAUCAGAAUGCGGAGUAUCCUCCCUUGGGACUCUGGGGAUAUUGACACGGGCUUCCAUGACGAUUGGAAAAAAGUUAAAACUGAACUAGACAAGUACAUGAAAGAGAAGAAGAUUCUGGGCAAACUUAACACAGCUCCAAUGAGUAAGGGUUAUAAAGAGCUGAUGCUUUUCGCCGGAGAUCGGGCAGAUGGUGAUAAUGGGGUGAACACCAUGUUUCCUCAGUCCAAGCCUGCUAGCCCUGAUAGUUUCAUGAGUGCCUAUAUUAAUGGUCGGCUCUAUCCACUACCAAAGAAUAUUUUUAAAAGCAUAAGACAUUAUUAUGGUCUGACAUACCUUGAAAUGUAUGGUUUCUACGGUGGAAGGGCCAAGUGUAAAAAGCCAGGUCACCACGCAUGUUUACCGGCCGAAUUUUCAGAAGGUGGUGGCCAUUGGCGGGAUUAUUAUUGUACCAUAUGAAAUUAACAAGUAAACUUUAAGGACAUGUGGGAUACAAAAGGACUUCCUGUGGAGGUUGAGGGGUUGCUUUGUUUGAUGUUUGAUCAGAACCAAACGCUUCAUUCUGAAAGAAAAUCACACAUGAUUGUGUGUUACAUGUUGCCUGGUGGACUGUCUACCAACACAUCCUUUGCAUAGUUUUCAUAAAUUUUGAACGGCGCCCAUAAACUAAUUGUCUUAACUGAUCUUGGGAAGCGACAUUUAUUUAAUGAGAACACGCCAAAUGCAGGACAUGGCGCCAUUUUGGAAAUAUUUGCUUUUUGUUACUCUUAACAUUCCGUGAGUGUAAGAUGGCCAUGUCCUUUGCCCCCGCCCAGGGGCAAAAAAGGGGUUCCAUGCGGUCAGUGCGUUUCAAUUUAAUUGCAGGGGGCGGAGAGCACGGUUUUGUUUAAAAUGUCAAAAAUGGACAUUAUCACCCACCAGAGUGAGUGGGAAGACGAUGGGCGUUGGAUUCAUGAAAACGUCAAAUUAUGGAGAGUGAUUUCAGAAUCAGGAACAAACCAGGUUACCGAGUGUGAUAAUAGAAUUAGCAGUGGAAUUAUCAGUUAUCAUCACGCCCUCUGAAUAUUUAUCGGUGUGGCCUUGUAUAGGUUGCUAUGGCGACCAAAUUUAGGAUUUUUAUGGAGAACAUCAGUCAUAUUUUAGAUGACCUUUAAAUGUCCUUAAUGCACGAGCGCCGCGGUGUUAGACAUGCUCCACAUGUGAAGCCGAAGGAAUUGUGAACCACGAUCAAACUGUGGACAGAGCAGAGCGUGUUUGUCGUGACUUAAAUUUGUUUGUUAAAAUGAAAAUGUGUUUUCUUCACCGUUGCUAUAGUUACGCCACGUCAAAAUUCCGGUGUUAGUUUAGGGUUUUCUCCGGUAUAGAGCAUUUUGAAUGAAAAUAUUGAAAGUAGUUUGGGUUUUCAGGUGAUGCAUAUACGAACAAUCCUAUAGGAUGCCUCGGUAUCACGUGGCUAACAGCCGCAGGUAUAUGAUAAAAUCUGUGUUUGCGUAAAAAAGGCUCGAGGUUCUCUUUCACUGUAGAACACACUCACUUGAUUAAAAAAUAUGAGGCCUUCUUAUUGGUAAAAGCUUGUGCCCAGAUCUUGUGGCAAUCUAUAGUGAUAACGUCAUCAGUCAUCAGUGAGUGCAAAAGUUUAAAUCCACUUUCAGCAAACAAACGAAAACACUGGUAAAGUGUGCACGUACAUUUUUUUUUAACAUUCUGAAGGCUACGGCAUAAGACAAUAUUUAACAGAGGGUUUCAAUCACUUCAGGCCGUCAUGAUUUUUAGGCCGUCCGCCAGGCAACGCCAGAGAAUGAUGAUUGUUAGCUCUCUUCCAGAGUAGUGCUUAAUUGUGUGAUGUUUUUGUUCUUAUAGAUAACGACUUGCGUACACUCCCAGUAGUGUAUUAUUUUAUUCUUCCAACAAGCAGUCAAUCGUCCACGAUGGUUCAGUUGCUAGGCUUCCGCUUUAGGGGGCGGUAGAUCCAGCGUCAAUCCUUUUUCGGGGUCACAUCUAAGACUGUAAAAGAGGGAAGUUGCAGUUUCCUCCCUUGGCGUUCAGCAUUAAGGGAUUGCUGCAACGACUGGUUGACCCGUAUCGGUAUAAUGGCUGGGGUGGGGUGUUUUACUUACCUUCGGUAAGACGUCUCAGUGAAGCAGUACUAGAUAAAAGAGCGGUUGAAAUCCGUCCUGUAGCAAGGAGGCACAUUACCAUGCGCUCUAAGGACUCCUUCGUCUUCAUAUGACUGAAAAAAUUGUUAAGUACGAAGUUACACCCUCAGCACUCACUCAUUCACUCUUACAAGUUGGCCAUGUGAAACUUGAUAUGAUGUAUUUCAUAUAGAGCAUAUAGAGCAAUUAUGAGUGAGUGUGUUUAAACAAAAAUAAAACGCUCAGCGUAAUGACCCAGGAGCCUCUCACCAAUGCGUCGCUGUGAGUUCAAGUCCAGCUCAUGCUGGCUUCCUCUCUGGCCGUACGUGGGAAGGUCUGCUAGCAACCUUCGGAUGGUCGUUGGUUUCCCCCGCGCUCUGCCCGGUUUCCUCCCACCAUAAUGCUGGCCGCCGUCGCAUAAGUGAAAUAUUCUUGAGUACGGCGUAAAACACCAAUCAAAUCAAUAAAUUUUUAAAAACACGUUAAAUAAAUCAUCUAAGGCAUUUUAAGAAUUAUUGUUGUGUUUCUGGAGAAAUUUGUGCUUCUGGGAUUUUUUUAUUGAUGCAUAUAUUAAUUAUUACCACUAUCGUAUUGUACAAAAUUAUACGAUUAUAUGGAAUAUGGAAUAAGAACAGCAAAUACAUUUAGUAUUCAUGAUAGGGCACCACAAGUAAAUGGCUCUAGUGUGACCUGGCGCCAACAUUUUCAACUAAGAGGUCUUUUAUAGUCCUUCCAUCUAUAGAUCCAAACAUCUCAGGGAUGAAAUCUUGAAGUCGGAGAUCUGAUGCAUUUUGGUUUAUUUUACAAGGGAGGCAUAUUUUUUGUAAUUUUGUUAUUUUUUAUAUUUACUUAUGUUUCAUAUCAUUUGGAAAUUCUUGAGAUUAUUUAUCAGCAGGCACAGUAUUGGAAUUAUUGUUCAGCCUGUCAUGAGAAAAAUUCAAAAAAAUUUAAAAUUAGCAUGAAAAAUUCUCAAAGAAUCGAUAAUUGAUUUGACUGGAGCAAAAUUUGUAUGGAAAAACUCUCUAACAAUCGGAAAUUGAUUUGUCUGAAGGUGUCAGGGCCCGCUUAAAUAAUGAUUGUAAGCGAAGGCUACUACCGAAAUAUCAGUGAUUUUACCAUCCACUUAGGUUUAUAAUAGUUUUGUUCAUGCGGCCUCUGGACAAAAUAUCAGCCUACACAAUAAAGUAUGAAAAAUUUAACAUAUCUAAUUCAUUAUGUGAAACAAUUGUGUAUAGUCUAUAAGACACACAGUGUGAAACAAAUCUCAGAAAGUUUCAAUAAAACC